AUCGAAUUGACCGUAACGGAUCCAACAACCCCCAAAUACAUGAAUAUUCAAUUAAAGCGAGAGGAAUAUUCCAUAUACAAGGUCAUACAACAAUUUUUCCCCCAGUACGCGUCAUCUUUUCCCUGUCACAUUCUCCAUCAAUACAUAUCAGCAAAAACACCAACUGUAUUACACAUGUCACCUCCAAUUAACUCAACUGCCAAGCAACCAUCAAAUAAGGCUGCACUCACAUCAUGGGCUCUUACAAAAGCCCAAUUAAUACGGCCUGCAAAGGUGAUAAGAUGUCAAGAGCAGGCAACAGAGAGCCGUCUGUUACAGCUGAAUACACGAGCUAGACAAGGGCGGUCUGCAUCAACUGGCCUUGACUUAACCCGUACACAAAAUAUUGAUGCACUACUCAUCUAUAUUUAUGGGACUUCACGCACAUCUUCCUGUAUGCAAUGUGCGAGAGGAAAUGGCAUUUUUGAAGGGUGUAUCACUAAGAGUGAUAUUGCUGCUGGUGCAUGUGCGAACUGCACAUAUUCAUCGAGAGGAAUUCGAUGUUCAUAUCAUGAUCGGCCAAAAGAAACACAAUUAUCUCAGUCCAUAAUAGAGAAAAUCGUGAAGGAGUCUACACCUGAUCAACUACGUGCAUUUGGAGCAGAUCUAAUUGAAAGAGCUAAGGUCCAAGAGGAACUUAGCUCCACACAGCCCGAAGAGUAACUAGUCUAGGGUUACGGGUGAUGAGUCAGUGCUAAUAUUCUCUUUAUUUAAAGUGAAAAGUUUUGCGUACGCAAAUAAUCC